GGUCUUGCCACUCUCGUCUUUUCCUCUCUCUCGAGUCGACUCAAGAGUCUCCAACAAUUUAGGGUUCUUCGUAUUGUAGUUUCAUUUCGACUUGGAUUCCUUGAAAGUUAAUCUUCUUCGCAUUCGGAGAUCUAGACUGAUGCUUAGGAAACGGAGCUUAGUUCUUGAAUCGCUACGUCGAUUAUUCGAUCUCAGUCGCACAUCUUCGAAACCGUCACUGUUCUGCACCACUACUGUUCAACCUGCGAGACUAAGCUGGGAAGCUUCUUCUCAAGUGAUUCUCACGAAGAAGCUCGAAACAGCUCUCAGGGAUCACCACCGCGUAGAUGACGCUUGGGACGUGUUCAAAGAUUACAAACGUCUCUACGGGUUUCCCGAUAGUUCCAUCAUGAACAGGUUCGUCACUGUCUUGUCUUACUCAUCCGAUUCCGCCUGGCUUUGCAAGGCUGAUGAUCUGACUCGUCUGGCUUUGAAGCAGAACUCAGGCCUCGUGAACCUCGAUUCGUUAACUAAGCUGUUACUGUCUCUAGCGAGAGCUCAGAUGUCUGAAUCUGCUUGUAACAUACUCCGCACGAUGCUGGAGAAGGGAUUUGUGUUACCUUCCGAUGUGUUGCGGCUUGUGUUGAUGCAUAUGGUGAAAACAGAGGUCGGGACUUGCUUAGCUUCGAAUUAUUUAGUUCAGGUCUGUCAUCGUUUCGUGGAAUUAAAAAGGAACAGUAAUGUCGUCGUGAUGAAGCCUGAUGCGGUUUUGUUUAAUCUUGUGCUUGGUUCUUGCGUGAGAUUCGGUUUCUCUCUCAAAGGACAAGAACUCAUCGAGCUGAUGGCGAAAGUAGAUGUCGUUGCGGAUGCGUAUUCGAUUGUGAUCAUGUCUUGCGUUUAUGAGAUGAACGGGAUGAGAGAUGAGUUGAAGAAGCUCAAGGAGUGUAUCGGUCACGACGUGCCGAGUCAGCUUCUUUGUCACUAUCGUCUUUUGUAUGAUAAUUUGUUAAGCCUUGAGUUCAAGUUUGAUGAUGUUGGUUCCGCGGGUCGGCUUGUGUUAGAUAUAUGCAAGAGUGAUAAGGAUUUGCCUUCGGUUAGGAAUCUUGACAAGGUUAUGGUUCUGUCUGUUGGGUCUCACCAUAUCAAAUCCGGUUUAAAGAUUCAGAUUUCACCUAAUGUGUUGCAGAGAGAUUCUUCGUCUCUCGGUGUGGAUCGUGAAGCGAGCUUUGUUAGUUACGCAGAUUCCAAGCUUGGUGUCACGAACAAGACUCUCGCUAAGUUGGUGUGUGGUUACAAGAGACGUGGUGAUCUCCCUGAGCUGUCGAAGGUUUUGUUCUCGGUGGGUGGAUCCAAGCUGUGUGGUGAUGUUGUUGAUGCUUGUGUAGACAUCGGUUGGUUAGAAGCUGCUCACGAUAUUCUCGACGACAUGGAUUCUGCUGGCAAUCCCAUGGACUUGGCUACAUAUAGAAAGGUCUUGUCGGGUUAUCACAAGAGCAAGAUGUUGAGAAACGCCGAGGUUCUUGUGAGACAGAUGACCAAAGCCGGUUUAAUCACAGAUCCUUCAGAUGAGAUUUUAGAGAAAGGUUGUGAAAACACAGAGCUCAGGGCACUAUUGGUUGAGGAACUAAACGCAGGAGAACAGAUGAAGGUUCCAAGCAUGCUCUACGAGCUGAACUCGUCUCUCUACUACUUCUGCAAAGCUAAAAUGCAAGGAGACGCGGUGACGACCUACCGUAAAAUCCAGAAGAUGAAAAUCCCACCGACCGUGCAGAGCUUCUGGAUCUUGGUCGACAUGUACUCGUCUCUCGGCAUGUACAGGGAGAUCACAGUCACGUGGGGAGAUAUCAAAAGGAACAUGGCGAGCAGAGGGAACUUGGAGGUGACGCAAGAUCUGUUGGAGAAGCUUGUGGUGAACUUCCUGAGGGGUGGGUAUUUUGAGAGAGUGAUGGAGGUUAUAAGUUACAUGAAGGAGAAGGGUAUGUAUAAUGAUGUAGCUAUGUAUAAGAAUGAGUAUCUUAAGGUUCAUAAGAAUCUGUACAGAAACUUGAAAGCAGCUGAUGCUGUAACAGAGGCUCAAGCACAGAGGGUUGAGCAUGUUAAGGCCUUCAGGAAACUUGUUGGUAUAGUAUGAAAUACUAACUCAGUUUGGAUUU